AUGCGUGAUGCGUCCUUCUCUUCAUACUUGAACAACAAAGAAGAGAUCCUGGCUGAAUCAGGCCAUGGCUUUGCUAGCAACAGAAAAGAGACUCUUCACCAUGGAGUCAAGAAAGAAGAUGAUGGAGAAAUUGGAGUGUUUGGAGCUGAAAAGUACUUCAAUGGAGAAGAUAUGGAAAGCCCCCCAACAGUUGCUAACAAUGAUGCACACAAGCAGCCACGGAAAGAUGAACAAACAGCUCUAGUAACUAGAAAGUACAAAGUUCAGUAUGGAACUCCAAGUGUUCGGUCUGAAUCAAGUUUGAACAGCCAAAGUGCACUGUUACAAAAUGCUGUGAGGAAUUCCUCAAAGAACAUGAAAAACAAAUUGCAGAGGAAGAGUUUUCUAGCUGCUCUUGGUUGCAAAUGCUAUUGUUCUGACAAGAAUUCUGUUGAUAUUAAUGACCAUUCAGGUGAAAUCGGUUUCAACAAAAAUGCUAGUCAUGGAAAAACAACUCCAAGAAAUAUAUUCAAUGCUGAUCCAGAGGCUAAUCAUUUAGUUAAAAUGACUAAGCCUCAUGCAACAGAUAUCUUGAUCAACAAGGAUGUCUACUUCCAAAGGGCAGAGAAGUUAGGGGUGGGAUUGGGCAGAGAGAACAGUUUAGCACUCCCAGCUUUGACUUCUAGCCCAGGAAAUCAACUGCCCAAAAUGCAACUUCAAGUAGAGAGACCUAGGAAUUCAUUGGAAGUGUUUGGCUCUCCAAUAUUGGAUAGCAGGAGCAAGUCCUUGAGCUUUGAUAGAAGGUUGGUAAGGACAUCUUGGGAAGCUGCUCCAAAAAUGGAAGUAACUGACUUCUCAGCAAAUUCUGGUGGAAACUACAAUGAUGCUGAGAGUGAUGCAAGUUCAGACUUGUUUGAGAUUGAAAGCCUCACGGGCAAAUCCAACUCCCUCCUUGCUAGAUCAACAUCCAAUAUUGUUUCUAGCUGUGCCAGCCCCACCAAUUGUUAUGCACCAAGUGAGGCAAGCAUAGAGUGGAGUGUCGCCACUGCCAGUGCCUUCGAGUACUCAGCCAUGUCAGAUUAUGAUGAUCAAAGGUCAAUAGCAACCACAAGGAGUCCAAUUAGGACAUCCUUAGUUUCAUCAAAUGCUAAACCAAAAGUCAUCAAAGAGAUGCAGAGGCGUCGUCCUAGCAUACUGUUGGGUUGCAAGAGCCAGAAAGCUGUAGGUGUUGCUGGGGAUGCCUUCACAGCAUAUGAGAAACCUAUUUCCAACACACAAAUCCGUCGCAAGUCGGACACCUUCCCUCAGGUGACAGAGGCAAAGGAGGGAAGUUUGGGUCCAAGACAUAAGCAACAUGCUUAUGCCACACCCCCACUUCAGCGCUCACUCUCACCACACCCUUCGCAGCUCUUGUACAUUUAG